ACCAGAGAAAAAUCUCCAAUCUUUUUUUAUUGAAACAAAAUAAACCUCUUCGCUUUCUCUUCUCCAGACACUCGGCUACUAUUCAGAAGAUUGUGUUUUUGUUCACUUUUUUGGUUAAUGCUCUAUAAAUGUUGCAUCUUGCAUCUUCUCCAACCUUAUCUUUAACUUAUCCCAACAAGAACCUUCAACAUAUUCGUUACACAACAAAAUUUGCAGUUAAAACAUCAUCAUUUUCUGUUCGUUGUUCGGUUCCACAGGCAAAUAACAAUGGAGAUAAUAAAAUGGAAUACACUCCUUGGCUUGUUGUUGGCUUGGGUAACCCUGGAAAUAAAUACCAUGGCACCAGACACAAUGUUGGAUUUGAAAUAAUUGAUAGUCUUUCUCAAUCAGAAGGUAUUCUGAUGAAUACAAUACAGUCAAAAGCCUUGAUUGGAAUAGGUUCUAUAGGAGAAGUACCAGUUUUGUUGGCGAAACCUCAAACAUACAUGAAUUUUAGUGGGGAAUCGGUUGGGCCACUUGCUGCAUAUUAUCGAGUGCCUUUGCGCCAUAUUCUAGUUGUUUAUGAUGAAACUAGCCUUCCAAAUGGUGUUUUAAAGCUUCAACCUAAAGGUGGACAUGGGCAUCACAAUGGAUUGAAAAAUGUGAUUGGCCAUUUGGAUGGUUCCCGUGAUUUUCCUCGACUUGCAAUCGGAAUUGGAAACCCUCCUGGAACUAUGGAUUUAAGAGCAUUUCUUCUACAAAAGUUCAGUUCAGUGGAAAGAAAGCAGGUUGAUGAGUCAUUGGAGCAAGGAGUUCAAGCUGUUAAGACCUUAGUGCUCAAUGGGUUUAACCAUCAUGUCAAUAGAUUCAAUUUAGGGCAAAAAUACAAGUACAAUAAAGUUUAAUUUCUCUCAAAUGUACCAAUAGUUUUUUGUUAUUAUAGAUGAAAUCCAUGGUUACCACAUUGUGUAUGUUAGCAUUUUCACCUAAAAAAGAUGGCUUUAAUAUGUUAUUCGUGCAAUUGCCCACUCUCCCUCACAUGGCUCUAGCAUAUCAUUACUUCAUAGUGAGAAAAUUAAGCAGUUAAAACUAAUCUACGAAAUUGGUACCAUACUUUGGAAGGCAA